AUGUUAUUAAUAAUUGUCUUUUUCCUGGUUAUUCACCAUGAAACGGGCGCUAGUCAACUAUUAAAAAUUCCCAUCACUCGUGUACAAUCACGCUCUUCAUCAACUCAUAACUGCACUGUUCUGCAAACUAACGUCACAGUAUGCAACAGAAUAUCACCAACCUUCGGCAAAGUUGCUGUUGUCAAGUCUUCAGCUUUCGAAAGUCUUGUCAACGAAGCUGACACAUACUUCUAUGGAACCAUCUACAUCGGCACACCGAAUCAACCUUUUCUCAUCAAUUUCGACACAGGCUCGUCCGAUCUCUGGGUGCCAUCCAGCAAGUGUUCGUCUGCCUGCAAUCAGUUCAACAAAUACACAUCAUCAGCAUCAUCAACAUAUAUUGCUAAUGGAAAACCAUUUUCCAUCACAUAUGGCGAUCAAUCUGGAGCGAGUGGCAUCUUCAGUAUCGACACUGUGACAGUCAAUGGUCUUGCAGUUCGAAAUCAAACAUUCGCUGAAUGCACGUCAUUGUCAGGCAUGGAAAAUGAUGUGAAUGAUGGUAUCCUCGGACUCGCUUAUCAGAGUUUGACAACAGGCGGCGAAAAGCCAGUGUUCUUCAACAUGUGGUCUCAAGGUCUCAUUGCCGAACCGAUCUUUUCUUUCUAUCUCAAUCCUGACACAAACGCUACAACUGGUGGCGAACUCAUCUUUGGAGGUGUUGAUUCAACAAAAUAUUCUGAUUCAAUCACAUACAUUCCGGUAGCACUCGAAGGAUACUGGGAAUUUCAAAUGACAAAAGUGACAGUUGGAUCGAGUGUGAUAAGCACAUCACCGUACGCCAUAGCUGACACAGGCACAACAUUGAUCACUGGACCGACGAAACAAGUCAAAGCAUUGAACGCAGCUCUGGGUGGUACUUAUGACUCAUCUAGUGGAAUGUACACAGUCAGUUGUUCGACACGAACACUCUCGUCGUUUCCUAAUGUGGUGUUUACGAUGGGUGGUACAGACUUCGUUCUAACACCACUACACUAUCUGAUGAUUUAUCAAGAGAGUUCAAGUAAAUACGUGUGUUACAGUGUAUUUGCAGCACUGGACUCCGAAGAUGCAGAUAAUAAUGAUUUUUGGAUUUUGGGUGACUAUUUUCUGUAUUGGUACUACGCGAUCUUUGAUAUCAACAACAAUCGUGUGGGUUUUGCAAAAUCAGCUUCAUACAACUGGACGCCGACGGUUGAUUCAUCUCUGUUUCUUGGAACAGCGACAACAACAAGUGCAGGCACGACGACUACUGCAACAACAACGAAAGCGAUGAUAACGACAACAGCCCGUUUUACAACCACAACAACUACAGCAAAGGUGGCUACAAGGAAUACGACGAAAGCAGUAACCACCCCAACAACUACAAGGAAAAUUGUGACAACUACGAAGCGACGACACCAUCGACAUGGAUCACGACACCAUCAUUGGCACUUUUAA